AUGUCAACCCUCGAAGACAGCAUAGCAAGCAUCAACAAGCGCCUGAGGUACCGCCUUUGGCGCCAAGACGAAGACCGAGGCAUCCCGCGCGCCCACGACAAACCAACGGCAAAGCCGUCCGAUGCCAGCUUCGGCACAGACCAGCUGACGGGCCGCUCCACGACGGGCUUCACCUGCUACAUCAACGGCUGUCUUGUGUCUUGGAGCAGCCGGCUGCAACCCACGGUUGCGCUGAGCACCGCCGAGGCCGAGUACAUGGCCGUCUCCGCAGCAGCGCAGGACGUCGUCUUCCUGCGGCAGCUGCUCAUGGACCUCGACGAGCCCGAGGCUGGAGCCACCAAGAUGCUGACAGAUAACCAGGCGGCCAUCGCCAUCGGCAACGACCACGUCACCAAGCCGCGCACGAAGCACAUCCGGGUACGCCACCACUUCGUGCGGGAGCUCAUCGCCGACGGAACCAUUGUGCUGCAGCACUGUCCCGGCACGCGGAUGGUUGCCGACGCGCUGACCAAGGCACUGGACAAGCAGACCUUCGAGCAGCACCUGCCACGACUGGUGGGAACCUCGACGGCUGAGGCGGAGCAGAGGAAGGCAGUUGAGGGGGAGUGUUGA